AUGAUCAAGUGGUUCAAAAAUGAGCAGGAGGAGAUGGACAAAGUUGUGUAUCGGCUCCUGAAGGGAGAUUAGUCUUUCCAGAUCCUGGUCAUUUUGAAUGUCCUGCCUAAGCAAGAGGAUAUCUAUGCAUGCCAGGUGGAUCAUGUCAGCCUGCCAGUGCCCAUCACCAUGACCCAGGAAACAUGCUCUGGAUCUGCUGUGAGCAAAAAUUUGGCUGGAACAGUGGUCUUUGUGCUGGGCUUAGGCUUCAUUGUGGUGGUACUUGUCAUCUAUCAGAAGAAAAAAAAGUGA